AUGACUGCCAUAGUUCUCUUGUUCGCUUUAGUUCUGGGACAUGCUGCUGCUGUGAUAGAAUUAAGCUGUAGUGAUAAUGCUACGUGUAUAGACAAUUUGGCAAGAGAAGUAGUUAAGAACUUGAAGCAGCAGAAGGCGGUGAGAGUAUUCGAUAGCCUGACGAUUGAACCUUUGGGCAGGAGGCAAGCGAGGUCGAACGAUGGACCUCUGACGAGAUUUCUGAAGAAUCACGCGUUCAGCUAUGAUUGGGGUGAUUUGACGUUCAGAGUUUCGAAACCUGAAGACAGGAAUGAUGUUUUAGACCUGGAGCUUUUCGAAGAUAGAUCUGCUAAAGAUGUUUCGGAUAUCAAUUCGAAGAAAUCAACGAGCAAAAAUGUUGAAGAAAUUGAGGACAAAACACCCAAAGGCAUCAACAGUAAAAGAGUCAAAAAGAAGGUACUCCAAGCAGUCCUACCGAUGUUGUUCGGUAUGAAAUCCACAGCUGUCGUGUUGUUCGUGGCAGCGGUGGUCACCGUCCUCACCCUCAAAGCCUUUGUGGCAAGCAAAGUCGCGCUAUUGGUCACAGUGGGCAUGGCUCUUAAGAAACUUUACGAGUCCUACACUAGUGGCGUCGGUUAUAACAACCCAUACCUAUACUCCCAAUAUCCGAUCGAUUUUCCGAGUGCCGCCUCUAACGCUUACUCCGUAAGUGGAGUCAACCCCACCUUUGGGUCACCAGAGAUGUAUAGUGCUACUGCUCUGGGUGCUCACCCACACCAAGAGCUGCUACAGCAAGGCGAUGCUAGUGCUCAGUCUUCGCAACAGGCACCAGCUCUUCUGCUUAAUUCGACGCGAGCAGCAGAAAGAUGGGAUGGAAUCCGGAAACGUCCAAUGUUCUAUGGAACCUCGCGCGCUACUUCAGGUUCCUCUUUGGCCUACCGGAACUCCCGCCACUGA